UUUUCCAAACAAAAAUCGAAAAAAAGGAAAACUUAGCGACAUAUUGUGAUACGCAGGAAAAUUGAGAUGCAUACAGUGUACACAAUAGUAUACUCAGUACACAAUUGGUGGAACGAUUUAAAAAAAAAAAAAACGCUGAUAAGGAUUGAGUUAUAAAGUUAAGAAAAAAGACGUAUACAAUUUACAACAAAGCCUACAGUUUUAAAGUAACUGGACAUGGGUAAGGCAAGGUCGAAGUGGGAGGAGACCCACUUAUUCACAAGGCUGUCGGUGGGUCUUCUGCUGAUCAUAACGCUGCUACAAGUAAUCGGUUUCAGCGCCCCCUACUGGCGGGAGGAUGACCCGGUAGUGAGCGACGGACCAGGCGUGAGAGUCCACCAGGGGUUGUGGUUGUACUGUGUUUGUGAGGACAGUUGCAGCUGUGAAAAUAUCGCGGGGAUGCCAGAUGGAAACGUUAACGCGAGUUGGUUGCGGUGGAGCCAGGGACUAGAGGCGGUGUCUCUCGUCCUCAUGCUGCUGUGCUGCCUUCUGGCGCCGUUAUCCGUACUCUGCACAGACAGCCGUGACGUUCGUCUUGCUCUCGUAGCAAUGGAACCGUUUGCGGGUAGACACCUGAGAGACGGAUUUCUUAACCUGAUGGCGGUGACCAUAUUCGCCAUUAACGUCCCCCGAUCCUCCCAGCAGUGGUGUUUCUACAUGUGCGCUGCAGUCGGCGCCCUCGCCUUCGUUUUUCACUUUUUGUAUGCCUUCGGCACACGCAACCGGCUCCAUGGUGCCGUUUCCGAGGUCCGCCCGACCAUACAUGCGCAAAUGGUAAAAGUGCCGAUGGACGAACACAUGUUCCGGAAACUAAUGAAAAGAGAAGGGAUGUUUAGCCUAUAAGUUGUUCGUGUGGUAUAAUCAUAAUUUUCAAAGAACAAGUAAAAACAGUGCCUUCAAUAUACAGAGUGAAAAUAAAGUUCGCCUUCUAUGUCAGCUUUCAUGUACAUACAUUAGAUUCAAGGUGUAAUAUCCUUAUGAAUGAACCAUGCUCAUU